AUACAUUGCAAUAAUCUUUACAGUCUCAAGAUCAUAAAUAUCGUGUCUUCGUUUCAUUGUCGCAUAAAGUUUGGUGCUUCCAAAGAUUAUUGACGUAUAUAUAUACAAAACAUACCUAAUUUUUCUUGCUAGUUAGAAGGAAAAUGGCGGACGUGAGAAUACUCACUUUUAUAGUGCCUUAAUUUAAGCGAUAGAUCCGCUAUUACUGCAUGAGGAUCCAGAGUAAGUUCAUUUGUGUUCGACAGAUUUGGCAUUAUUCGACAUUCUCGAUCAAGCUGCAAGUAAUGGAUGCUAGUACUGUUCUUGAAAGAAGAUUAAUCUUCGAUCAAUGGGUGCUGGGACUAUCUACUUUUGAGGGCAGAGUCCGCAUUGUUCGAUGUUCUCGUUCGAGCUUCGAGCAAUGGGUGCUGGGACUGUCCUCGAAAGAAGAUAGAGUCCGCAUUGGUCGACAGUAUUUUCUAGGGAAGAGUAUGCACUGGUCAAACUUCUUCCGGGGACAGUACCAGCAUCCAUUACUCGAAGCUUGAUCGAGAAUGUCAAACAAUGCUAAAUCUGUCCUUGAGAGCAGAUGGUCUCAGCACCAUUGGUCAAGUAAUUCAAUGUGAAAUAUAAACAACUGUAAAUGCUAUUGUUUACCAUUGUAACAUUAAAAUUAAAAUGUUGUAUGCGUAUGUUUAAAAUUAAAAUGUUGUAUGCGUAUGUUUAAAAUUAAAAUGUUGUAUG